CUUUGAAACGCUUAAAAGUUGUAUAUAGACUUUUACCUUAUCUCCCUUACUUCAAUUUUGUAUGUCACUUCGUGUAAAUAGAUUCAUACUUCAUUGUCUACAAUUCUUCUAAUGUAUACUGAAUUUUUUUUGUAGAAACAGGCACACUAACUCAUCCUGCUUAUUUCAUCCAUUUUCGAUACUUGUAUUCAUAGUGUUACCUACAAAUAUGUUAACACCAAAUAGAAAGACUAAAAGAAGUUCUGGUGUUUAUGCUGCCUUUAAAUCUCCAUUAAAAGUGGUCGGUGAAAAUGAGAUGUCCACCGAUGCCUCCGAUGUUCGAAGCAGUAAAAUCCCUAAAAAUCUAAGUACUGAUAACAGUCAAACACACCCGAAAAGUACUGAGAGACGCGUUGGUCGACCACAGUGUGAACAUGACAAAGAACAACAACAAGAAGAAAAAGAAAAUAUCUCUAGUUGUAAUGUUGGUAAUUCCACCGACGUCAAUAAGUGUGAUGACGAUGACAGUGAAAUCGAGAAGUGUAUUGAAGAAUUAUUAUCAAGGCGACAAAAUCAAAGUUGUAUUAACCUAGACGCAGAGUUAGCUCAAUGCCGCAAUCGUCUGCAUGCAUACAAUGAAGCUAAAGAUUCAUGUAUUAUACUUUUUGGUUUAUUGGCAAAUUAUCGUGGUUGCCUUGUUCGAGAAUUGUAUCAGGAAUUCGGCAUGGAUUUAGAUGACUAAAGAUUAUUAUUAUUAUUAUAGUUUUGUUGGUUUCUUAUCUCCUUAAAAAAGUGAGAAAAAUUAAUCAAAGACAUCUAGCGAACUGAGUAAAACUGUAUAAUUCUACUUUUGACUUUAUUCAAGAAAUCCAGAAACCGUGUUGAAUAUACAUAUUAACUUUUCUAUUUUUCUAUUAUGCUGUUAUUGUGAUAUUUUCUCCUUAUUGUUGCACAUAUUAUUGAACUAUUUCACUAAAGAGAAAUGAAUUUGGAUCCAGUUGUUCAUUUAUGAUUAGUAUUUUGUAAGAUUGUGUUAGUGGUUUUGAUUGUUGUACCAGACUUUCUAAUUCAACUUAUAAAGGGGGGAAUUCAUAAAACCGGUAAGAUGUUUUGUCAGGAUUGAAAUUACGUAAUGUAGGAACAUUUAUCGUUGAAAAUCGGUUAGCUAUGAGAUACUUAUUAUAAACUUCAUGUUCAUCGCACAUUCACACUGACUUCGGAAUAAGACAUGUGUU